UUGGGGACCAUGCUCACGACCGUAACACCACCGUCAACAAAAUUAUAAGAGAAAAAAACGGGACAACCAACUCGAAUGAUAGAUGGCACGCCGCCAAGGCAACCCUAAAAGGAAUGAAAAUGAUAGCGUUCGGCACGAAAAAAAAUGAAGGGAAGACGUGGCAUGCCGAGCUAUCGGACAAAUGCAAGCUGGUACGCAACCACGCCUACUUCGCAAUGGCAACCUGCGAUGGCAGCGCUACCAAGUUGCGGAACACGUUGAUGAACUGCGUCCAUCAUUUUUGUGGACGACACGAACAGUGCGAUGAGGACUCCCCCUGCAAGGUGAAAGGGUAUGUACCCACCACGCUGCUAAUUCAAGAUCCGUUUGCGGAGGAGCUGUUAUUCUCUUUCGUGAGAUCGACUACGAUAUUCAGAAAUGCUGAAGACUAUGUCGAAGCGAAGGACACCUACCAUGUUGAGUCAUUCAACAACAGCAUGCUGAUUUAUUUGGACAAGAGGGUGCACUAUCUGGAUGACACGUACAACCUCAGGCAACGUCUUGCAGUGCUGGACUGGAACGAGCAUGUCGGUCGGCACCACACGUCAACUUACUUCAUCGAAGACUCCCGUCACCCCGAUCGGCAAGGCGGGAAGAAGAAUUACACUAAGAAGACGUACAGUUUCGUUCAAGAUAUCCGGCGUCUGGUGCUGGAUACUGCAGCCGUGAACGAGACGAGCCAAGUGACUAACCAGUCCAUCUCCGAAGACGAUUCGUGAAUUCCAGCCCCAAAGCUCCUGCCAUGCCCCUCGGAAGGCUGAAAGAUCGAAGAUAUGGUGACAAGUGUCUCAC